AUGUCCAAUCUCUGCACUUCUUCUUAUACUGCUGCCUCUUUCAACUUCAACCUUCACCCUCUCAAAUUCCACAACCCAUCAAGGAACCAUCGCAACAGAAAUUUUCGGCUCAAAAUGUGCUCCUCCGUUCCUCCAAACGUCACCGUUGUUGGUUGUGGAUCGUUGACCGUCGAUUUCUUGGCUACCGUUGCUGCUUACCCUAAACCAGAUGACAAAAUCAGAACCACCACUUUCAAGGUUCAAGGCGGUGGCAAUGCAGCCAAUGCUUUAACCUGUCUCGCUCGCUUAGGUCUAAACACAAGGCUCAUUUCUAAGAUUGCAGAUGACACUCAAGGCAGGGGUAUGUUAGACGAGCUACAGGUCGAUGGCGUAGAUACAUCCUUUAUUGUGGUAUCUAAAGAGGGAAUUUCGCCAUUUACAUAUAUUAUUGUGGACAACGAAACGAAAAGUCGUACUUGUAUACAUACCCCUGGAUAUCCUCCAAUGAUACCCCAAGAUCUUUCAGAAUCGAGUUUGUUAUCUGUAUUGGAUGGAGCUAGCAUUGUAUAUUUUGAUGGGAGGUUGUAUGAAACUGCUCUAGUUGUUGCCCAUGAGGCAGCUAGGAAGAAUAUACCCAUCUUAAUUGAUGCAGAAAGACCAAGGGAAGGGUUGGAUGAUCUCCUGAAAUUAGCUGAUUAUGUUGUAUGCUCAGCAAAGUUUCCAAAGGCAUGGACAGAGGCAUCAACUGUUCCACAAGCACUUGUUUCUAUCCUUUUAAGGCUGCCCAAUGUAAAAUUUGUGGCUGUAACUUUGGGAAAAGAUGGUUGUAUAAUGCUUGAGAGAAGUGUUAAUGCAAGUCCUUCCACGGAAGACGUGGAUGUAGACAACUUAUUGGAAUCACUGUUGUUAAGAAAGGAUAAGAGUGCAUCCGUUCCAACCUGCAUAUCAUCGUCAGUGGCAAAAUUGAAGGCAGAAGGAAUAGGAACGGUUACCGGGAAACUCUACAUUGGUACAGCGGAGAGCAUUCCACCAUCAGAGCUUAUUGAUACCACUGGUGCUGGCGAUGCAUUUAUUGGAGCUGUGAUCUAUGCUAUUUGUUCGAAGUUCUCACCAGAGACAAUGCUGCCCUUUGCUGCUAAUGUGGCAGGUGCGAAAUGCAGGGAUCUAGGAGCACGAAGUGGUCUUCCAUACCGUGCAGACCCACACUUAGCAUCAUUUGUUAAAUAG